CCCUCCUCUUCAGUCGCUUUGUGGUGGAGUGGAGCAUUAUUGGGCGGAAGCUCGUGAAAAAUAAAAUCUUAUAUUCGUGCAGUGCAGUUGCGCGAACUUAAUAAACAAAAAAAUACAAAGUGCGAGCCGCCAGGAGCAGCGAAAACAAUGACUUGCAAACGAGAUUCGCACAAUUGGUGUGGUUCUUCGGCGUGUUGAGUUUCCUCUUCGCGUUCGCCGUUUUCGCGCAUCACGCCUGCGGUCAUACUGACAACGAGACGAGCAAAUUGUAAUUUUCUUUCGAGCUAAAAAGUAUAUGAAAUUACAAGCAAAAGUGAAUUUGCAAACCGUGUAAUCGAAAAGUUAGCAAAAAGCCCUACGUGGUGGGAUAGUGCGAGUGCAACGGAACACAGUCGAGAGACAGCGGGAGCCAGAGAGAGAGAGAAAAGACGAGCCAGCAAACUCUACAAACACACAAACAACACAAUGAUGAAAAUGGAGACUGACAAAAUAAUGGACGAAACCAACUCCAAUGCACAGGCUUUCACAACCACUAUGCUGUACGACCCGGUGCGCAAGAAAGACUCCUCGCCCACCUACCAAACGGAGCGGGAACUCUGUUUUCAGUACUUCACCCAGUGGAGCGAGUCGGGACAGGUGGACUUUGUGGAGCAGCUGUUGUCCCGCAUGUGCCACUAUCAGCACGGACAGAUCAAUGCCUAUCUCAAGCCGAUGCUCCAGCGGGAUUUUAUCACAUUGCUACCAAUCAAGGGCCUGGAUCACAUUGCAGAGAACAUUUUAUCGUACUUGGAUGCCGAAUCGCUCAAAUCGGCCGAGCUGGUCUGCAAGGAAUGGCUGCGCGUCAUCUCCGAGGGCAUGCUCUGGAAGAAGCUCAUCGAACGCAAGGUGCGCACAGAUUCCUUGUGGCGCGGAUUGGCCGAGCGGCGCAAUUGGAUGCAGUACCUCUUUAAGCCAAGACCGGGCCAAACCCAGCGGCCACACUCAUUCCAUCGCGAGUUGUUCCCCAAAAUAAUGAAUGACAUUGACAGCAUAGAAAAUAACUGGCGGACUGGUCGCCACAUGUUGCGUCGCAUUAAUUGUCGGUCCGAAAAUUCAAAGGGUGUCUAUUGCCUGCAGUACGAUGAUGGCAAGAUUGUUUCCGGGCUAAGGGACAACACCAUCAAGAUCUGGGAUCGCACGGAUCUGCAGUGCGUUAAGACCCUCAUUGGCCACACUGGAUCGGUGCUGUGCCUCCAGUACGACGACAAGGUGAUCAUCAGUGGCUCUAGCGAUUCCACAGUCCGCGUGUGGGAUGUCAAUACCGGCGAAAUGGUCAACACCCUCAUCCACCACUGCGAGGCGGUGCUGCACUUGCGCUUUAACAACGGCAUGAUGGUGACCUGCUCCAAGGAUCGCUCCAUCGCCGUCUGGGACAUGACCUCGCCCAGCGAAAUUACGCUGCGACGCGUCCUUGUCGGCCACCGCGCUGCCGUCAAUGUGGUAGACUUCGAUGAAAAGUACAUAGUGUCCGCCAGCGGUGAUCGCACCAUCAAGGUCUGGUCUACAUCGAGCUGUGAAUUCGUGCGCACCUUAAAUGGCCACAAACGUGGCAUUGCCUGCCUGCAGUACAGAGAUCGCCUGGUGGUCAGCGGCAGCUCAGAUAAUUCCAUAAGACUUUGGGACAUUGAGUGCGGUGCAUGUUUACGUGUCCUGGAGGGUCAUGAAGAAUUGGUUCGCUGCAUCCGUUUCGACACGAAACGAAUCGUCAGCGGCGCCUACGAUGGCAAGAUAAAGGUCUGGGAUUUGGUGGCCGCCUUGGAUCCAAGAGCAGCCUCCAAUACUCUUUGUCUGAAUACACUUGAACAUACUGGUCGCGUCUUUCGUUUGCAAUUCGAUGAGUUCCAAAUUGUGAGCAGCUCGCAUGAUGAUACAAUUUUGAUUUGGGACUUUCUAAAUUUUACACCCAAUGAGAACAAGACCGGACGCACACCGUCACCGGCCUUGAUGGAACAUUAACAUUUUGUGCAACGGCAGCUGCGUGAGUUACAUCUACAAUCCUCGAGCGAAGAAGAGGAGGAUGACGAGGACGAUGGCGAGUUUUACGAUGAGGAUUCUAGAGAUGAUGCUGGGGCGUUUAUGGGGGGAUAUGUUAGGCAUCGGAAUGCUGCUGGUUCGGACUCUGUCACCGGUUCCGGUUCCGGGUCGGAUCCAGAAUCGGAUGAUCUGGAUUGUGAAGUAGAUGUUGAGAAUGUUAAUGAUUAUGAUGAAUGAAGAGUGAAUAGUUUUUAGCCAGCAAAAACAUACAGCAUUGCGACUCGUCUAUUAAAAAAACUAUGUUGAACCCAAGAUACAGCGAUCUCUGAGCGUCUAUUUUACAAUCGCACACAACACUACACUACAAAACACAUCCACACACACACGCCUACACGAAACACACGCAUAAUAUGAAUUAAAUGAAGUUAUAAAGCAAACAAAAACAAUAAAUGCAAAAGGAGUAUACAAAAUAUAUAAAUAUUUUCGCAAAACUGGCUGUCAUGUACGAAUGAAAAUGAAACAAAAUCAGAAAAAGAAACUAUGUAUUAGUUAAUUAGGCGCUGUAAUACUAAUCGAGGGUCAGUCUUUGAAUCGCGCCUUGAAUUGAUGAAUCGCUCGGGCGUUACUUUAAGUGUUUCUUUAGCUCAAAUACACAAGUGUCGCGUUUAUGCAGCUGCCGUCUUAAGGAAAAUUGAAACUGUCAAAUGGCUUGGAAUAUUUUCGGAGGAGGAAUCUAAAAAACGGCCAGGAAAAUCAGUCUUUAGCAUAAAUAUUAGUUAGAGUCGCUUCAUUGAAAUUGGCAAAGUAUCAUUUCGGUUCGCCGCAUUGCACAUUUGUAACCUACUUUAUAUGCCUAUUGCCUAAUGUUUGUGUUAAUUGUAAAGUUAAAUUUAAGCCUAGUAUUUAAUUGGCAACUGUAAUUUAAGUUAUCCAAAUACAAAUAAUUUAAAUUAAAAGUUACUUGUGUAAAGAACGACAAUUGGUAGUUACAAAUCUUUUGAGUAAAGAUAAAUACAAAAUUAAUCCAUUGUACUGCAAUAUAUAACCUAUUCUUUGAUUGAUCAAUGAUAACUAUAAUCUAGAUUUUAGAUAUAGGUGUAUGUAGAAAAUAGCAAAUUUCCAGGAAGUUUCAUCAAUAUAUUUAUAUGUAUACAGUUCGUUGAUUGUGAUCAAUGGAUAUUUUACUAUAUGUAUUGCUAUUUGUAAGUUAAGUUCCAAUGCUAUACUUGAUCUGGAUCACGAUCGCCGCUUCCGCGUUAACUAAUGUAUGUACAUAACGUUUUACUUUAACAAAAAGUUGAUGAAAUAUGAACACAUACUCCGGAAUAUGUAAAACUGUUAGUGGAAAGAUUGCAGCUUGUUAAACGAUGGCCGAGCAACUGCUAUUGCGCGAAAGGGCUUAGUAUAGGUAACAGAUAACUAGAAAUAAUAAUAAAUUGUGUAUAAAUGCUAA